CAGGUUUAAGACUUUAAAAACAAUGGCUGGAUUUCCAGGUUUUAGUUACCUUGGUCCAAAAAGCAAGAACACGGUUGUAGCGGGAGGAUUAACGGCUUUUGUUUUUGGGGUAUACUUCUACACAAUGAGGGCUGUUGGUGGCACGGACGAACUUCAGGUGGCUAUUGACAAGUUCGAAGGCCAAAAACCAGUUGAGACUGACACCAAGGUUCCAUCUAAAGUCUAAUCCUCACCGGCUUGUUAUGUCCAACCAAACUCGUUGUUGUUUAUCUUUUGUCUUCAAAGUUCUUUACUUCACUCUCGUUCGUCAGAUUGGUAUCUGUGUUUGAGUCUCAGUCCAAUCCCUAAUACAGUGUUUUAAACAAGAGAAUUCUGAU